AUAUUAUUCUGGGAGCGACCUGUUGCCAAAUAUCGCAGCAGAUAUAAACUGAUAUACCAAGUAGACAUGGCAUGGCCCACAGACAACUAACGACUCAUGCCCGAUUUCCCAGAAGAAUGACGCGGCAAAGGCAAGACAACAAAUCCAAACAGGAGGGGAAUCGAUGAAUGAAUGAAUUUUCGUUGGCCCCCAAACGACCUUCCACCCCUCGAGCCACCCCCUGUAUCCCACGCACCGGCUGGGGAACUCCGUCGGCUUCCCGCCGAUCGACGAUCGCUGUGCUCAAUGGACGGGUGACUCAUGCGGACUAGGCAUGUUUCACGACGUCAUGCUUAAGGUUGUUAUUUGCUUAGCCAGCGAGCGAUAAGUGGGCACUGCAGAGAGCGAAAGCUCGCGAGCCGAGUGGCAAACGCCGCCGGCAAACUGGUCCCGAGCAGCCAGUGCCCCUCGAAGUCAGCCGGUUGGUCAUGGGGCAGCCGAGUCGGCGAGAGAGCGCCAAAGCUCGGGGGCCGCGACUUCGUCAUGGCUUUAUCACAGUUCGCCGGUGCUGAUCAUUAGUUCGUCACUCGCCAAGUGGGUCGGAUCAGGGCCAGAGCGAUCGAAGAUCGGCGAUCUGGAGUGGGAUACGGCGCUACUCUUAACCCGAUCGGCGGAUCUUUAAUCGGUCGAUGCAAUAACGGUUAUUAAACGUUUCCAAUCGCAAACUUUCCGCGAAAGAUUUCCGCGAUUUGCGGCACGUGGAAAGCCUGUCGCUGACUCCACUUGUCCGGUCAGCAGGUGAAAUACCCUGACUAUCUCGGGUGAAUCAUCCAGCCAGACGAACCCACAUCCUAAAUCCGUUUCAACCGGUUGCAGGCGACAAAUAAACGCAAUAACACGAAAGUGUGAUUCCCAGAAUAUUAUGGUUAAACUGGGCCAAAGUGAAGUGAAUAAUCUAGUAGUGCAAAAGGGCGCCAAAAACAUAAACAAUAAUGUGUAAUAAAGUGUACUUACCAAAAAUCAAGUUGGUAUAAUAAAAUCAUAGUGAAAAUCAAACUAUGAACCUAUAGAUUAGAUGAAUCUAUAUGCCAACCGAAUAAUGUCAAAGGAAAGUGAAACUGAAAAGCUACCAAAGGUCUUCAGCUGAUAUUGAUACUGCAGUUUCGAAGUGGGAGCAGGAACAUCCCAGUUUAAUGGCCAUUCUGCAGAAUAGCCGCCAGCGUCACCAGCAACUCCCAAUCCCAAGCCAGACGAUCCACAGUGUUUGGUGCCAACAGAGGCCGAUUAAUGCCAUGCAUCAGGAUGUCCGGCAAAAAAGCAUCGGAUCCGGAAACGAGGCCAAACUGGAAGCGAAGGAGAAGGAAGUGCCCAGCAACAGGAGAAGACGCAGGAGGCGGUGCAGCAGUAGCUCCACCAGCGACUCGAGCGCAUCCUCGUAUUCCUCAACAGACUCGGAUUCCGGGUCCUCCUCCAGCAGCAGUAGCAUAAGAAGUCAAUUACCCGCCCUCAACUUGUCAGUGCCCCUUCCGCUGGCGACACCCACUUCGCCCGCCGCUUCUUCGCCUCACCAGGCGCCAUCUCCUCGAAGGAACUCCAGCGACUCCAACCGGAGCGUCUCUCCCGUGGAGGUGCCCGUGGAUCCGCACGCUUGGACGCCCGAGGACAUUGCCAGCUGGGUGAGAUGGACGACGCGCAAGUUCAAACUGGACCCGGAGCCGGAUAUCGACAGGUUUCCCAAGGAUGCCCAGGAGCUGUGCGAUCUGUCUCGCGCGGACUUCUGGGUCUGUGCAGGAUCCAGGCGCGGAGGCAUGCUCCUGUCGAAGCACUUUGCGCUCAGCUUAUACCACGCCACCGGACGGGAGACGAGUCCGAUGCUCAACGACGACGAACCAAAUCCGUACCAGCUGCUGAACGCUGCCUCGCACCGAUUGGUUGCCCAGGGCUCGGGGGGCCAGAUCCAGCUGUGGCAGUUUCUGCUGGAGCUGCUCGCUGAUUCGUCCAACGCGAACGCCAUCAGCUGGGAGGGCCAAUCGGGCGAGUUCCGGCUCAUCGACCCGGACGAGGUGGCCAGGCGGUGGGGCGAGCGCAAGGCCAAGCCGAACAUGAACUACGACAAGCUGAGCCGGGCUCUCAGGUACUACUACGACAAGAACAUUAUGACCAAGGUGCACGGAAAGCGAUAUGCCUACAAGUUCGACUUCCACGGCCUGAUGGCCGCCUGCCAGGCUCAGGCGCAGGGAGGAGAUCCGGCCUCCAGUAUGCUGGGUUCCUACAACCACCACGCCGGCGGUGCGAUGCAGUUGGGCCGCCACCCGCCGCCACUGCACCACCACCCACAGCACUCGCAUCCGCACCAUCAGCUGGGGCAGCCCCACUUCCUGCACCCGCACCACUCGUCGCCCGCCUCGAACAGCUCCAGCCUGGGAUUCCCCUCGUCCUCGACGGCCUCUUCGCAGGCCUCGCCCGGCCAGGCGCCCGCCUCCUCCUCCGCCUCCACUUCGAAUUUCACUGCUCCAUUCCAAGGUGGGACAGCCGGCGUAGACCCGGCCAGGACGUCCUCAUCUUCUGCGGGUAACUACGACCAGGGCCCGGUCACUCCCACCACAAAUGCAUUCAACUGAGCACGCCGCAACCCCAAUUUGUCGCCGGGGUUGUAAGUUCCGAUGGGGCAAGAGGAUGCGCAGGACCACCCACUGCGCAGCAGAGAGCGGAGAGCCACCCUGCAUCCCAGCCACCCAGCCAGCCAUUGGGGGUCAGAGCCUCGGCCGUAAAAAGGUCAUUUUGUGUAAUUCCAGCUACUUUGGGUUAAUUGAGGAAUUGUGAUAGCCCGGAGCAUCGCAGAGCAAUACUCGGAAACGAGAGCCAAUUUGUUACUUAGCCUGUUAUCCUUCGCUUCUAGUUGUAAGCAGACAUUCGGCAGAGGUCCUUUAUUCCAUACGAGGUCUCAUCAUUAAAUAAUUCUAAGUUCGCACACACAGUAAA